CCUCCUCUCCUCCUCCCGUCGACCCAAAACUCUGCCGUGUCUCAGUCUCACCUGACACACAACAGCGCCUCAAGUCCCCGAAGAAAGGAUAUUUCCGGAGGAAAGGACGGCUUACUUGGACUUGGACGGGGAAAGAAUGAAGACUGCGGUUGAGUGAGGGUCAAGGAGAACAGUGAAAGAUGCAGAUCCUGGUCUUUCCCACUGGUGGGAGAAAGUAAAGUCUUCUGGCUUUGAGGUGAGCCCAGAAAAGCUGAUUAUGGAGCUGCAACACAACACCAACCACAACCAGGCCUUGUGGAAGGAGAUACCGUGGGAUUCCUCGGAGGACUGCGCCCUCUCGGUGAGCGGCACCACUUUCCUCAUCAUGGCGUACAGCACGGUGAUGGCCGUGGGCCUCAUCGGGAACUCCUGCCUGGUGUUCGUCAUCACGCGCCACAAAGACAUGCACAACGUUACCAACAUCUUAAUCGCCAACCUGUCUUGCUCGGACAUUUUAAUGUGCAUCAUAUGCCUGCCCGUCACCAUUAUCUACACACUGAUGGACCGCUGGAUCCUGGGAGACACCCUGUGUAAGCUCACACCCUUCAUCCAGUGCAUAUCGGUCACCGUCUCCAUCUUCUCCCUCGUCCUCAUCGCCAUGGAGCGCUACCAGCUCAUCGUCCACCCAACGGGAUGGAAGCCUUUGGUGAACCAGUCCUACGUGGCGGUGGCCGUCACCUGGAUCGUGGCCUGCCUCAUCUCGGUGCCUUUCCUUUCCUACAGCGUCCUCACUCUGCCUUUCCAGAACCUCACCAUUCCCUUCCCGGUCAGCGACCAGCUCGUCUGUAUGGAGCUGUGGCCGUCCGUGGAGGAGCGCCGGGCGUACACCACCUCCCUGGUCCUCUUCCAGUACUUCCUCCCCCUGGCCGUCAUCAUGGUCUGCUACCUGCACAUCUUCCUGCGACUCAGGCGGAGGAAAGACGUGGUGGAGCGCGGCAGGAGCGCCAGUCAGAAGAAGAACAAGGGCUCGUCCAGGAUCAACGCCAUGCUGAUCUCCAUCGUGGUGGCGUUCGCCGUCUCCUGGCUCCCUCUCAACAUCUUCAACACCGUGUUCGACUGGAAUCACGAGGCCAUCCCGUCCUGCGGCCACGACGUCAUCUUUUCCUUUUGCCACCUCACGGCCAUGCUGUCCACGUGCGUCAAUCCCAUCAUCUACGGCUUCCUCAACAGCAAUUUCCAGAAGCAGCUGAGGUCCACGCUGCUGCGCUGUCGCUGCUGGUCCGUGACAGAGCGGUACGAGAGCGUCCCGCUCUCCACCGUCAGCACGGAGGUCACCAAGGGCUCCAUGCUGAGCAAUGGGACGCUGAAUGUCAACGGGUAGAGGCCGCGCUUUCAUCAAGAGACUUAGAAACUGCCGGGACUUCGUCAUCCAACGUUGUGUCAUCAUGUGGCGUUGUUUUUGUUUUGUUUUGUUUUUUAUUUUUGGGAAUACAAAAAAAAAAAGGCCUGCAAAGUUAAAAUCCUCUCCAAACCUGUGCAGGGAAAGGAAACUUUAGGGCACCUGGCCAGUUUGGCACAGUGUUCCUGAUUCAGUAAUGAUCACUUGAAAGAGGAAGUAAUUAACGAAAUGACGGUGCAAAGGUUGGACUUUAAGCAUCGUAGAACAACCGAGGACUUUUCCACAAGCCUGUUUGCAGUUUUGGUCUGUACAGUCCUUCUCUCGCCGUGUCCGGCCAAAUACGCAGACCGCGUCUCCUCUGUUCUGCGUGUAAUUAUUAGUUUAGUUUUUUUUUUAAUCUAAAGUUCAGAAAUAUAUUCAUAAAUCAUGUUUACAUGAAUAUCAGCUGUUAUCAGAGGCUUUAGACACAUCCAGCGGCUGUAAAUGUGAUGAACCUCCUGGGAGUGUUGGAGGGAACAAAGGCCACUGCAAACGCCGUUUUCAGUUGAGCUGUUUUCUGUUACUGGAUUUGAUGAAAAUAUUGGGGGAAUGUAAGUUGUGUUGUGUUAAUAAUUAGCAGCUUCAUUUGCAGCUGGAGGAGGAGGGUCGUAGUACAUUAGAUGUGGCUCGAGGCGUUUCCUGCAGUCGAUUUUUACUAGCAUUAUCUUAUUGUUUUUCUUGUGACCUUAAAUCACCGCCGUCAUCGUAACAAUCUUUAACAGAGAACCUUUGGUACACGGGUCACGCUGUAAGCCAAGGUCUGAACUCUAGUAUAUGUGUAUAUAUAUUUGUGUGUGUUUGUGCGUGGGAUGGUGACUCAUAAAAAAGAAAAAACAUCCAUUUUCUAUACUCUCCUCAUCCUUUUCAGGGUCGUGGGGGGGAGGGCACUGUAGCCUAAUCGAUCCGUCAUCAGACAAGAGACGGGCCGCGCUCUGGACAGCCCAUCACACGGGCACAGAGACGAGCAACCACACACACUCACGCUCACCUUUUAUGGUGAAUUUAGAUCCACCAGUGGAGAAAACAUGCAUGUUUUGGACUGUAGGAGGAAGCCGGAGUAACCAGAGAAACACCCGAACAGACGAGACUUAAAGCGGGAGUCUCCGUCCUGCGAGGCGGCAUUGUUAACCACCGAACCACCAGGCUGCAUACCUCAUAAAAAUGUGCCACAGAAAUCUCAUCUAUCAGCUGCAAUAAAACAAAAUAAGUGACAGCAAAGGACUUUGUCAGAGCAGGUCUCUUCUUUGGUAUUUAUCACGUGACAGUUAUAGUUUAUGUUGUGAUCUGCAAUAAAAAGCACUUUGUAGCAACGCUAGUAUCUCUCUCGGUAGCCUGAUGUUACUCACUCUGUGGUAUUGACUGCAUUAAAUCGCAACCUUUAUCUUUAAUUAUUUUGCCUGUGUUGUAAUAUUUGGGUUUCACGAGCCAGAGUUUGAUCCUCAGUCUGGUUUCUCGUGGUCAGAGAAGCUGCAGGAGCCUUCUCCUUUUCCCUCCGUGAUUUUCCUUGGAAGAAAAAAGUUAGAAAAAAGCCUC